CGAUCUCUCCGUACAUCGGCGGUGGCGAAGGUCGGAAAUACUCAGAGAUGAGGAUUCUAGAGCUGGUGUCGUGCGGCGGCCGGAUGGCGGCGGCAGUGAAGGACGCACCGGAGGAGCCGGUGACGGUGCCGAUCAACCCGAUGGGGUGUGGAUCGCCGGAGAAGCGGUGGAGGAGGAGCAGCAACGCCUCCGGAUCAUCGUCGUGGAGACCAUCUCUUGGAUCGAUCGCUGAGGAUGGCGUCGCCGUGAAGAUGGCUGCUGCGGCGAGGAAAGGCAGUGAGAAGACGAAGCGAUCAGGGAUGAGAUCGACGGCUAGGGCUUCCUCCCGCCGAGAGAGGAGCGAUUUUGGGCAGUAUAGUGUUCCUCCAAUGAUGCCAGCGUUCACUCCAACAGCCUUUCUCUUCUGAUGCUUCCCUUCUUCUUCAGAUUGUGUGAAUGUUCUACUUGAAAUACUGAAUUGAAGAUGAAGAUGAUGAUGAUGAUGGUGAUGAAAACAGAUAGAUUAUCCUGGUUUUGGA